AUGUCAUCUCCAGGCCUGCUGUUCCUGCUAUUGAUGUCCUCCUGCCUCCCUGUCUUAAGUGCUCCACCCGACACUCCUCAUGACGAGGAGGAACUGGAACAACAACCGCAUCCCAAUCAGCAUGCGAACAUGGUUAAAAAGCUUGGCAGUUGGUUAAAGAAAAAUUUUAGGGGGAUUGGAGGAGUCCUUAUUGCUAGCAUAGAACCAGUGCCAGUAGCUGGAGCACCCAUCGCUGGAGCACUCAAAACCCUGCUGCUGGUAACGCCUAAUGAAGACCCACUGGACACUGUCAACUCUAACCUUAAAGCUCUCACCAUUAAGCUUGACACCUUUAGCGCAGAAUUGAAAUGGGCUGCCUGGGCAGCUGGUGCAUACCAAAUGCCAGUGAACAACAUAGAGAAAGCCUGGAUUAAAUACACUGAGCUAGUGCGUGCUAGCACAGGAAAUGAGGCACUCAAAACUGAUUUCUUUACAUUUUACAGCCAGUAUGCAGACAGCACUUUGGUCUUGCACCAAUUCCUAACAGCUAAAUCCCCAUCUGUAACACAAAACCUUGGAGACCUCCUGGCUGAUAGAUUAAGAUGUCAUGAAAAAGAUAUUAAAGCCCAGUUUUUGUAUUUGAAUAAACUUAUGUGUAAAGGCAACGUGCUCAAUGAGAAGUACUACGAAUUCAAAGGCAAAGACAAUAAUGCCAGGGUUGAUACCGCCCAUAAAAUUGCAUCUGAGUCUGCCUCAGCUUUAAUCACAUCGCACAAGCGAUGUAUAUCUGACAGUGCUGCUUAUAUUGAAAAGGACAUUUUUGAGCGCAUUGAUGAUACCCAAAAACAUCAAGAAAUAGCAGACAAUAUCAGGGCAUUUUUGGUAAAAACAUAUGACAGGUAUGACUGGAUGGUUGUUGCAUUUACAACCCAAAACUCAAGGCAUAAGCCAAAAUUACUAAAAAGACAUGAUUUGUCAGGGUUUACUGAGGUACAGAGAGGAACAGUUACAGUGGCUGUGGCCAAGCAGGUGAAAGGAGCUCACACCAAGACUGCUACUGUUAUAGAAGCCAUUAAAAGGUGCUUACCUCAGGGGGUGAUAAUGUGUUUAGAUGUAACACAGAAACUAAUGGAAUGUCAGGAAACUGUUUUUGGAAAAAGCUUGUCUCAGAUAUACACAGCAGUGCAUGCUUACAAAAAAAGCAGUCAUACUUCCACCAAUACAGUGGAAGCGCCGAAUGAUGAGGACUCUGCACUCCCAGAAAGCUCUGUCAGCCUCAAAGGCCAGUCGUCGCUAACACCCCACGUCUUUACGGGGAAAUGCGGGACAAUUUUUGGGAAGUUUAUCAUCUUUAUUAAAAGUGAUGAAGAGAUAAUGGGAGUAGAUCCCUGCUCCAAAAAGAAAUGUAGCCAAAAUGGUGAGUGUGUUGUUGUGCCAGGCACCUUGAUAGCAAUGUGUGAGUGCCAGUACCCACACUAUGGUGAGCACUGUGAGAUGACCUUAGAGACUUACAACAGACAACUCCGGCAGAACACUGAACGCAGAACCCUAACCCCAGAACGACGUCGGAAAGGCACGUCAGCGCCCCCUGGUAACCGUAGAUCUCGAAAGAGCACCCCAAGACGCUCUUCUACCCCUAGAUCUCGAAAGAGCUCCUCACGGCGUUCUUCUACCCGUAAAUCUCGAAAGAGCACCCCACGACGCUCUAGAUCUCGGAAGAGCUCCCCACGACGCUCUAGAUCUCGGAAGAGCUCCUCACGGCGCUCUUCUACCCGUAAAUCUCGAAAGAGCAGCCCACAACGCUCUAGAUCUCGAAAGAGCAGCCCACGACGCUCUAGAUCUCGAAAGAGCAGCCCACGGCGCUCUUCUACCCCUAGAUCUCGGAAGAGCACCAGUGACCAUGGUGCACCAUCAAGGAGCUCUGCAGAAGGACCAAAUGCAAAGUCGUUUUGUGGUUCUCUGUGCAAAGAGAAAGCCACUCCAUUUUUGUAA